CCUCGCACGCUCUGCUUUUGCUUUUGCCGGCGUCGGAUCUCGCCGAAGUCUCCUCCUCCGUAUUUUCCCUGUACUGUAAGUCUCACGAUAAUAGCUGAAUUUGGGGGGUUUCUGGUAGAGAGUCUCCGAGAUGAAUCCGGCGAAUUUCCACCCCACAAAUCCUCCGUUCCAAUGGGCUCCGAUGUUACCUCCGGACCCGCCUCGUUGUGGUGUGUUUUGGAAUACAAAGAACAUAACCGAUCAGCUUAAACAACUCCAAGAUACGCUUAACCUGGCUAAAUCAAUGGAGAAGGAACUAGAAGCGUUGAGGGUGAUCAAAGAUACGAAAGGUUCAAUGGAAGUUGUAGAACAAGGUUCAGGAGUAGAGUGUUUGAGAUAUCUAGAGGCUAUGAAGAUGAAUUUGGGACAGCAAGAGAUACUUUCAGUGGAAGCUGCUAACUCUUUGAUGUCUACUUUAAGAGCACAGCUUGAGCCUUUUAGAUUUGUUGUUGAUGAGAAUACUCCAUGGGAAGAGAAAUCUGCAGCAGUAAGACUGACUUGCAAAUUGAAGAAAUCGAAUAGGAACAAACUGUGGAAGAAACGAAAGAGACGGUGUGUUGCAGAAAUGCGUGCUAAGGAGCCUGAAAGAUUUAAACAAGCUGAUAGAGAGGCGGAUGAAUGGAGAGAAAAGGAAAUGGCCAAGGACAUGGCAAAUAGAAAGGUCGACGAGAUGAAGGCAAUUGAGAAGGUCAAGGCAAGACGAGAGCGAAGGAGACUAGAACCCGAGCUUGAACUGGCUCUAAUUGUUGAGGAAAUGCAAGAGUUACGUUCCCUAAGAAUUGAAAAACUAAAGAAGCAAGGGCAUUUCCUUCCCGAAGAAGAUGACAAGUUUUUCGAGAGUGUUCGUGCUGCAGUAGAGCAAGAGGAAAACCAAGUUCAGUCCCUAACCAACACAGAGACCGAAGAGAAUGUCAUUGCCUCUGAGGAGGACACUACUCUCACUACCAGUAACAAAAUCAGCAAAGACACAACAGAUAAAGAAAGCAAUACAGUGGCAGCUACUUGUGAAAAGACAAUGGAAGCUCUUGGAAAUGGUUGCGAGAAUAUUUCGAAUUUACCAGUCGAGUUCUAUCACUACUACUACGGAAGCAAUUUUGACAUGGGUAGACUUAUUGAGAUCAGAAGAGAAUGGGAUGCAUAUCUGAGUCACGGAGGAAGCCGGAUUCCUGGCCACUGGGUUCAGCCAUCGCCACCAGCUAAUGAGAUUUGGGCUUCAUGUCUUGUUAAUACUCCCAAGAGUGAUCUUAGUUAGUUGCUGUUCGGAUUCUAGGAGAAACAGAUCUUAGAGCAAUAUUUUGGUCUUCAGUUCCAUUGUAUUGUUUCUGUUUAUAGUUAGCUUACUCUUGAUUUCUCAAGAUUUCAUAACGUGGCAAUAAAUAUUACUCAGGUUCACAUAUAACAAAAAUACGUCACAUGUCACUAGAAUUUCGUACAAUAUUAUUAUUGAGUUCUCCGAACAAUAUCUGUAUAUCCCAUUGCCAAACAUCAAAACGGUUCUCAAAGAGUCAAAGAAGAUUUAACAAAAAAAUGGUCACAUCAAAAAGGUCCUCAGAGAACAUUAGGUCAAGGCCAUUUAUUUUGAUAAAAGUUGCUAAUCCAAUUACACUGAUGUUUAGAUUAUUAUGGUGCAAGUAGAAGGGACUGAACCAAUAGACGAUGUGGGGAAGAUGAUUGUUGAGCUAUCCAAUAGACGAUGAAUCACAACUGCCCAUCUGCCCCAAAUUGAUGUUGCAAAGAAAUCUUUCGUGAAAAGUGCAUUCGAACACACUAAACCGAUACACACAUAUCUUUGCUUUUCGAAUUAGCUUAUAUAACAUGUUUUUGUUAACAAAAUUACAUUUAUUCAAAUUCUAUUAACAAUACACUAAACUCUCAAUUUGAGAUGAUACUACCAAGUCCCUUCGUCCGUUCAUAGCUCACAACUGGUCAACUGAUUGUACUGGUCAAUUAACAUAGGCCUCGAUUGAUAGAAUUGAUUGAAGUUAAAUGUGGGGAAGAUGAUUGUUGAGCUAUUCAAUUGACAAUGAAUCACAACUGCCCAUCUGCCCCAAAUGGAUCUUGCAGAGAAAUCUUUCGUACAAAGCGCAUUAGAUCGCACUAAGCCGAUACACACAAUCUCUGCUUCUUACUUCCACACACACAC